GUCGGACACUGUCUCGUGCAUGUUCGCCACCCUUGUGCCAAUCUGUAAACAGUCCCGCAACACAAUUCGAGUUAAAAAUAGUUGGUUUAAAAUUAAACAUCUAAAUAAAGAUGCAUUUUGCAAGCCUCUUCAUAGGUGUGUUCCUCUUCAGCCUUUCGGUCGUGAUGGACUGUGCUAUCGUAGAAAGCAAUAAGACACCAGGGGAGUUCCAAAGACAAUCAACUCGGAUCGGACGCAAACUUCUCGGAAGCGCAGAUUAUCCGACCUUCCCGCUUGUUCCACCGACGUCAUUUAAAUGCAACCCGGGUAAUCCUGGCUACUUUGCCGAUACGGAAGGACUCUGUCAGGUGUUCCACCUAUGUCAGAUAGACGGACGCCACGAUAGCUUCCUCUGCCCAAACGGGACUCUCUUUAAUCAAAAACAUUUCGUGUGCGACUGGUGGUACAAUGUGGAUUGCGCCGCCUCUCCUUCGCUCUACGUUCUUAACGAAGUAUUCCGACAGCCGCAACUAUCUGGCCGGGAACACGCCAACGUACAUCCGCACAGCGUGAACGAAUUUGUCAAUCCCGAAGCGUCGAUACGAAGUUACGACGUCCCGUCCACUAUCUCACCCGCCAGACCAGAACCCAUCGCCAGCACGAACAACCGCAACCAACAAGCAGUUACGGCAACGAUCGCUAGCGGGCAGUCCCCUGUAGUAAGCCAUCAACAGUACGCAACGCAAUUCGUGAACGCGGGAGACAGAUACGGAUCGAAAGUCCCGGGCGUUAAUCGAAUGGGUGGCCUCGACACGGUCUUGCUUCAAAAUCAGAUCAUCAAUCGCGAUAAAGAUGAUUCCAUAACACCUGUUACAAACGCAGAUGUCCUGCUGGAAUUUACCGAGGCCACUCCGACAACCACCGAGUCGUUUAACCAGGAUGAAUUCGGUGCUCAUUUAAAGUUGCAAUUGGGAGUGGAUGAAGAGCUGACCAUCAUCCCGGUGACGACGAACGCAGCGUUCGCCAGCGAAAACAAUCACGCUGGCACGACGUUUCUAACUUUGCCGAACGAGGAUUCGUUCGUGAAAGUCGGAGGAAAGUUGGAAGAAUCAUCGGACGCUGCAGUCGAAUCAGUUCAGACCAACGGCGAUCAAUUGAACGACGAGUUAUCUACGUUCCAGCCUAAUCUAGCGGACGUUCAAACUUCAGCUGUUGUUGUCACGUUAAAUUCCCUGUCGGAGAGGGAUUUCGACGAUGAGUACAGGACGACUACACCGCUAACUAGUCCCACCACUGAUCCAGCAGCUCAUUUUCUCGAAGUUGCCAGCAAUGCGACGGAAGAGUCAACAGAGGACAUGGCGUCGAUAAAUAAAGUCAACACCGCCAACGCAGCUGUGGAUUUAAGCGAAUCAAACUUUGUGACUGGAUUAGAAGCCACGACUUUUCCAACAAUUUCGUUCGACACGGACGACGUGCAAACGCUGCCAGAAGUAAAGACAACAACGGCACCAGCUUUCAUAGAACCUCCCGUCAUUGAGGGUCUGACUUUCAACGUCAUCUCGGAUUCUAAGCCGCUCGAUUUCGGGACAAAAACAACCGAAGACAACGCCAUCACAACGGAUGUGCCUCUUAAUAUCCAAGUUUUUGCAUCGGCGUUUGCUGAAAGUUCCAGCGCGGGUGAUAACCUCAGUGCUGGUUUUAGCAACAGCAAUCAAUUGGUAACGACUACGGAAACAAUUAGCGAAUCCACUGCAUCUCUCGAUACGGACGCAACGUCGGUAUUAUCGACGACAGUUGCAUCUAUAAAAGGCGAUGACGCAGUCGCAUCAUCUUUGCUUGCUAAUUCCGACGCAAAGAAAACUCUCUACGAAAAGCUAAAACCGGUGAUAGCCGAUCGGCCAAACAUCCCAGCCAUUUAUGGACGAAAAAUCCCGAGAAACGGCACCAAAAUCACCAAGUUUAUCGUAAAUAAUCAAUAAUGUAACCUCAAAAUCAAUUGAACAUGACAUAAAUAUAAUAGAUAUAU